GUAGUUUUACGAAUGGUUCAUGUUUGCGCACCAGAGUAGUGCUGUUAUGCCUUUUUUCCUUUCGCAUAAAGGCUUUUUUCGGCUGAUAUAGUGCUAACAGGAUGUCGUUCGUAUUUCCAUGCGUUGGUGACAGAAAAUGACAUUCCUCUGAAGGUAAACACAUCACGUCCAUGCUGUGCAAUCUCUCGUUCCACCGUUUGGCGCACUCUGUUGACCUACGAACUGGUGCUGACUGUGAAGCCGAGUUCACCAGAGAGAUGGUUCAAUCGCUAAAGAUUUUAUUUGUUUGAUCGAACAAAACGGAAGCAUCGCAGCGAAAGCAACUCCCACCAAAGUAGAAUAUGGCGAAAGAGUAUGACUAUCUGCUCAAGGUUCUCCUCGUUGGCGACAGCGACGUUGGGAAGCAGGAAAUUUUAUCCGGGCUGGACGAUGGCUCGACGGAAAGUCCGUUUUGCAGUGGCAGUGGAACGGCACAUAAAACAACCACAAUUCUGCUGGAUGGCAAGCGAGUGAAGCUGCAAAUCUGGGAUACUUCCGGGCAGGGGCGGUUCUGCACGAUCAUCCGCUCAUACUCCCGCGGGGCCCAGGGCAUCAUUCUCGUCUACGACAUCACGAACAAGUGGAGCUUCGACGGUCUGAACCGGUGGCUCAAGGAGGUAGAGGAGCACGCGCCGGGCGUGCCGAAGGUGCUGGUCGGCAAUCGGCUCCAUCUGGCGUUCAAGCGGCAGGUGGCGGCCAAGCAGGCGGAACUGUACGCGUCCCGCAACAAGAUGGCCUGCUUCGAGAUUUCCCCGCUGUGCGACUUCAACAUCCGCGAGUCGUUCUGUGAGCUCGCCCGGAUGGCGCUGCACCGGAACGGCAUGGAGCGUAUCUGGCGCUCGAACAAGGUGCUGUCGCUGCAGGAGCUGUGCUGCCGGAGUAUCUGCCGGCGAACGAAUGUAUAUACGAUAGAUAGCCUUCCGCUGCCACCGUCGGUCAAGUCCUACCUACGAUCGUACGCGCUCACCUCGUCCCAGUGCUUAAACACCGUGCUGAACAAUUCCGCCUCGACGGCGAAGAAUCUCAAAUGCAAAACCAAUUCCGCGCACCACCUGAAACACAACGUUCGGAAUGGAUGUGUCAUUUCCUGAUUGUUGUCAUGGCAGCAAGGUUAGCUUUUUUUUUGUUAGUUGACGCUCUGCGUUAGCCCCAUGUGUACAGGCCAUUGCGGAAGAAGUUCUUUCUGUUUCUUAUUAUUUUUUUUAACACCGUUACAAUUGUCGCAUUCUGCAGAUUUUCCUGCAAACGAACUAAGUGUGUAUAUACCUUCUCCCCCUUUGCCCCUAACUUUUAAUCAAUUUUCGUUUUACCAUGGCAAACCCAUCCAUGCUACAUCGUCCGUGUUUCUUCGGCAUUUGUUUCGGUUUCUGGCAACACCAUGCAACAAAGCGCUGGCGCGGGUGAUGUCGGUACGGCAAGUGUUUUGGCUGGCAGCCUCUUUACACGCUGCACCAUUUUCGCAUCGUAUUAAUCCCCAACCACCUAACCGGAAGGUCAGUUUCCUUGCGUGGAAGCGCAAGGAAACAUGAGUUGCUCAACGAGUGCGGGCCGCUUUGCUGGCCGAAAGCUGGGCAGAGGAAAUUUGAUACUGAACGAACCAAAUACUAAUUUUAUUAACUUACGAACGUAGAUAAGCAUCAUUAACGAUUACACUGUAAGCAAAAAAUGUGGUAUAUGUAGUUUACGAGAAAGAGAGAGUUAGAGAUGGGGAGAAAGAAAGCGUAGUCAUCGCUGCGGGCAUCUAGGAGGAAGAAACGAAGAAGGACAGAGGAGAGUAUUGCGUUUGGAAUGACAUAUAUAUAUAUUUUGUAAGCCCUUUAAAAUAGCGAGCAUUCGGAGGUUCGACUUUAAAAGUAUUUCUAACCUCAGCACACACACACACACACACA